AUGGGAGAGGAUGCUGUCCUCCCCUGCCACCUGUUGCCCCCCAUGAGCGCUGAGAGCAUGGAGGUGCGGUGGCUCCAGCCUGGGUUCUCUUACUACGUGCACUUGUACCGAGGUGGACAGGAUCAGGAUGGGCAGCAGAUGCCUGCAUAUCGGGGCAGGACUCAACUUGUGAAGGACGACCUCAGCGAUGGGAGCGUCUCUCUGAGAAUACGCAGUGUCCGACGCUCUGACCAUGGGCUGUACACCUGCUUCGUCCAGUCCAAUGACUCCUCAGGUGACGCUCUGUUGGAGCUGCAGGUGACAGGUCCCUAUUUCCCAUGGGCGGUGGCUCUGGCCGUGAUUCUGUCCAUUGUCGUUCUCCUGGGCAGUUUCUGCCUCUGGCGGCAGCACCGUGUGACAGCAAAGUAUGAAGCAAUGAAAGAAUUUGCCGGAGCCCGACAAUAUGCAGUGGACGUGACUCUGGACCCGGACACGGCUCAUCCCAACCUCGUCCUGUCUGAGGAUCGGAAAUGUGUACAACACAGAGACACCCGACAGCAUGUGCCCGACACCCCGGAGAGAUUUGAUUAUUGUCCCUGUGUCCUGGGCUCGGAGGGGUUCACGGGCGGGAGGCGCUACUGGGAGGUGGAGGUGGGAGACAAGACAGAGUGGUACGUGGGCGUGUGCAGGGAGUCUGUGCACAGGAAGGGGGGGAUCACGCUGUCACCUGGCCGUGGAUACUGGGUCGUGUGGCUGGAAGAUGGAGGACACAAGCCCUGCACCUCCCCCUGGACCCCCCUCCCCGUGCGCGUGCACCCCAGGCGGGUGGGGGUUUUCCUGGACUACGAGGGAGGCGAGGUCUCAUUUUACAAUGUGACCAACAGGUCCCAUCUCUUCACUUUCACUGACACCUUCUCCGGGACCCUGCGCCCUUUCUUCAGUCCUAGUCUCAAUGCUGGGGGCACCAACAUGGCUCCCCUGACCCUGUGCCCGGUCCCAGCCCAGCCCUGAGGGAAUCCCUGUCCCUGCCAUGACCCGCGGGGGGCACAGACUGUCCCCUCCCCGCGCCCCGA